AUGCACUUCUCCCUCCUCCCCCUCUCCCUCCUCCUUGCCCUAACCACUGCCCACCCCCUCGAGCCCCGCGCAGCAACCACCUGCGGCUCCACCUCCUACACCGCAGCCCAAGUAAACUCCGCGGCCCAAAAAGCAUGCACAUACUACAAGGCCGGGACGAGCACAAACAGCUAUCCACAUACGUAUAACAAUCUGGAGGGUUUCUCGUUUACGGUUGCGGGGCCGUAUCAGGAGUUUCCCAUGUUGGCGAGUCAUGCUGUUUAUACUGGUGGAUCACCAGGACCUGAUCGGGUUAUCAUCAAUACAGCUUGUAAACUCGCGGGUGCUAUUACGCAUACCGGAGCGAGUGGGAAUAACUUUGUUGGGUGCGCUGGGACGAAUUAG